GCCCCUGGAUGCUGCUUAUUUUUCUACGCACUUCGUCGCGAUGUGGAUUUAAUGGAAAUUUCCACUCGUUCAACCUCGUCAAAACACCAAUUUCGAUUAGUUUUAUUUGAGAUAUCGCUAUUUGAACGCCAUCUGGAUCGCCAGAUUUGACAAACUGUAUCAUAAUCGUAUAUUUUAAUGGAAUAAUCCGCAUUAGUACAGUCGCGCACUGAGUGUGUAAUUCUGAUCCUCGUCAGUGACUCGUUACAGAGUUUAAGUGCCGUCAGAUAUUGGCGAUAAAUCAUCUGUGAUGGAGUAUCACAGUGUCGGACUCGGAGGGGUGAUGGUCACCGGUAAUAAUAACAACAACAACAAUGUACCUGCGUUUCUCACCAAACUCUGGACCCUUGUGGAAGAUCCAGACACGGACCCGUUAAUAUGUUGGAGUGCUAAUGGCAACAGCUUCCAUGUGUUCGACCACAGCAGGUUUUCCAAAGAGGUUCUUCCGAAAUACUUCAAACACAAUAACAUGGCCAGUUUCGUUCGACAGCUCAAUAUGUAUGGUUUCCGUAAAGUUGUCCACAUCGAGCAGGGUGGACUAGUGAAACCGGAGAAAGAUGACACAGAAUUCCAGCAUCCAUACUUUAUCCGCGGACAGGACAACCUGCUGGAGAACAUUAAGAGGAAGGUCACAACAGUAUCUAAUAUUAAACACGAGGACCUGAAGUUCAACCCGAAUGACAUGUCUAAAAUGAUCACAGAUGUGCAGCUCAUGAAGGGCAAGCAGGAGUCCAUGGAUUCCAAAAUCAGCACCCUCAAACAUGAAAAUGAAGCUCUCUGGAGCGAAGUGGCCACACUGAGACAGAAACACGCCCAACAGCAGAAAGUCGUCAAUAAGCUAAUUCAGUUCCUGAUCACACUGGCACGAUCCAACAGAGUCCUCGGAGUGAAACGAAAGAUGCCCCUGAUGUUGAAUGACGGCAGUUCCACCCACUCCAUGCCCAAAUACUCUCGGCAGUACUCACUGGAGUCGUCCCCUGCUCUCUCUCCCUCCAGCACAGCUUUCACUGGAACGGGUGUCUUCACCUCAGAGUCGCCCGUCAAGACAGGGCCAAUCAUCUCUGACAUCACCGAACUGGCGCAGUCCAACCCCGUGGCCACUGAGGAGUGGAUCGAGGAUAGAACAAUCCCAUUGAUCCACAUCAAGGAGGAGCCGUCUAGCCCCGCCCACAGCCCUGAGGUGGAGGAGGUGUGUCCUGUUGACGUGGAAGUCGAGGCGGUGUCAAGCAUACCUGCAGACACACCCCUUUCCCCCACAACCUUCAUCAACUCCAUCCUUCAGGAGAACGAGCGCGUCACUGCCCCGACACCGCCCCCCAUCGAAAAGAAGUGUUUGAGCGUCGCCUGCUUGGACAAUUAUCCUCAGAUGUCUGAGAUCUCUCGCCUUUUUUCCAGCUUCUCAACCUCGUCUCUCCACCUCAGGCCUCAGUCCGGCAGGAUGGAACUGGCUGAUCAUUUAGAGACUAUUGACUACGGACUCGACAACCUUCAACAAAUCCUGAAUGCUCAGUCCAUUAACUUCGACACCUCAACACUUUUUGACAUUUUUGCAUCAUCAUCUGCCGAUGUGGAUCUAGACAGUCUGGCUAGUAUCCAGGACCUUCUGUCACCUGAACCAAUGAAAGACACAGAAUCUGCUGUUGAUACCAGAAAUUCAGGCAAGCAGCUGGUCCAGUACACAGCUCAGCCAGCGAUUCUACCUGACCCCAUCACCACUGAGACCACCGGGACUGAACUGCCCAUUCUUCUGGAGCUGGAGGACGACUCUUAUUUUGGGCCAGAACUAGCAGAUGACCCGACCAUCUCCCUUCUUGACUUCUAGUCCACAUUACCCGAAGACCCCAAAACUAUUUUAGAGAGAGAGAGAGCAACUUUUAUAAAGGGAUUUAUGUCUGUGUGGGGUUUUAAAAAUGUUAUUCCCGGCAUUUAAUGUUUUUGGUAAUUUAUUUAACACGUCAAUGGUAGCCGUGUUAAGAAUAUUCUGGUAUGUCCCUUCUCUUUUAGUCUGGGGGAAAAAACUGAUCUUUUAAGUCUAUAAAAGCAAUAGUGAAAAUUCAGUAUUCCUUUAAAUUCUCAUAGAAUUGCUGCAUCAAGAAAAAAAAAAGAUUUCAUUUGUUGACGAGUUUUUAGUUUCUUUGUUAUUCAAGCAGUAUGAUAACUCCAAAACUAAAUGUAGACAACGUUUAACUGAUGAAAAGAAAAAACAUACCAUGUUCUGUGUGUUGGAAUGGAUGAUAUCUCCAUGUUAAGGUGUUCUCUUGCAGUUCUUCAGUGCAAAACUUUAAAAACCUUGUUUAUUCAAGUCUGGCUUGUGGUGCAGACAGUCUUGAGUUUUAGCUGCUAGUUUGGUUAAAUUCAUAAUUUUAUCCCAUACUUUACAUUUUGACGACCGGGUGUCAUCCCGCCGACCGCGCCAAGUUUUGAAUUUCCAGGAGACUUUUUUUUGCAAUAUAUUUUGGAAUGGAAAGCUGGUUGUAUUGUCUCAUGGAUAGUAAGGUUAAAGCAAAAAAAAAAUAUAUAAAUAUAAAUAAAUAACACUCAAUUCUGGAUUGAGCCAUUUAGCUACAAUUUAUUCCCACACCUAACCUGUAAAACAAAGUCGGUCUCGUCGGACUGCUGUGAAACACUAACAUAACAUACACAGACAUAACAAAUCAACAUUAUAAACCUGUCUAGCAUCUCACCCACUGUCUUCAAAGCCAUAGCUGUUACUCAUGUAUUGUCUGAUAUUGGUUAGUCAUGAUGGGUUUGCAUUGACUAUGCUAGAUAGGGGUUCACAUGUAGUCUCAGAAAUGAUUUUAAUUAAACAUCUUGUACUAAAAUAAGUCAUCCUCUCUUGCUGUUUAUUAAGCAGUACAGCCAAAAGAGAUAAUAGCUGUAAAUAGGAGACUUAAGACAUAUAGUUGAAUAUAUAAACUGUUUGGGGUCUAUAUAAAUAAUGCAAAAAACAAGCAACUUCAAAUACGCAUUUGAAUUAAUUACACAAGUGUUGUAAUGUUUAACGACUAUUCACUUUUUUUUUUUUUUUUGCAUUGAUAACCAGAAUAAAUGAUUUGAAGACUUUGUGAAAUAAUUCAAGUCCUAACCAGCUUUGACAACACAUUGCUUAUUUUUCUUAAAAAUUGGAUAUUGGAAUACCAAAUUGAAAUGUGUGAGAAUUGUACACGUGCUUGGCCUAUUGGUCAAGACUAUUUGUGAAUGAUCAUUGAGGUAGAGGAACUGGGAGAACAAUGUCAAUUGUUUAUGAUUCUGAUUAUUUUUAGUCACAUUUUAGUCAUUGGAUGACUGUCAUAACCAGAGAGACAUUAAUAAUAGACAUAAAUAAUUUUAUUACGCUUGUGAACAACACUUUGUGUAUUGGUAUGUUUCAAAU